AUGCAAGCACAAACUCCGAAGCGUGUAUUGUGGCGGUGGUCUCGACUACAGCCCAGCCAAGAUGUCAAAUCAUGGACAUACAUAGCUCUCCUCCUGUUGCAGCAUACACUACAAUCGCAGCCGGCCACAAAUCACGACAGGUUCGAGCCUUUGUCUGGCAUUAUCCUGAUUGAAAUAUCCAAAUUCACCAUCUCUGCGAUUUGUGUUAUGCAUUCCGAUGCAAGCCCCUCGUUGCGGGAGGGUUUCAGUGGAACUCUGCUUACUGCUUCUAACGACACUACCGUGUCUGCCGUACUCUUUACUGUCGCUACGAUUUUACAGAGCGUGGGAGCCCACUAUCUUGACCUUGUUCCCUAUCUCGUCUUGUCUCAACUCAAGACUCUUGUGACGCCCAUAUUUGCGAGGAUUAUAUUGAACCAAAGAUAUCCCCUCAAAAACUGGAUUUUCAUUGCCAUGAUGUCGCUUGGCAUUGUUUUGGCUCAGCUUGGAUCUGGCUCGGACAAGUCAAGUGCAAAGGGGUUGAAGGUUCAAUCCAUGGUGCGCGGGGCAUUUGUAAUGCUACUGGCAGGAGUUUGCGUUGCAAUAGGCAGUCUGUGCAUUGAGAGGACUAUGAAGAGAUCUGGUCUUCUUUUCCUUUGCAAUUCUCAACUAGCUGCCUACAGCUCCUCUUUCGCACUCAUUUACUUUUGCUGGAUCACAAAUUUGAGCUUUGGCGAUUUCUUCCGAGGAUUUAGUAUCUUGGUUUGGAUAUACUUAGUCCUACAAGUGUCAGGAGGUUUCCUGGUUGCGUGGUGUGUUCAGAUGACUAGCACAGUCACCAAAAACUAUGCUCAGGGCCUGGGGUUUGUCUUGGCCGUGGUGGUGCCUCGAUUGGUGACCCACCAGGAUAUCAGUCUUGAGCUACUGGCCGGGGUUGGUCUCGUCUUAGCCUCUGUACUUGGGUCCAGCUCUUUCAAUCAAAGAAAACCGGCUAUGGAUGAGAUACAAGAAAAGGGCAAUAACUUGAAUAAGUGCGAAGUGUGA